CGUCACAUUACACUUGUGACUGGGGUUCGCAGUUAAGAUCAGUAUGCCGAUGACCUGUGUGGCAUACGGUUGCCAUAACUAUUUUGUCAAAGGAUGUGGGAAACAGUUCUUCAGAUGUGAAGAAAAGAUCCAUGUCAAAGUGUGCACGCUCGGAAAAAGGCCAUAGCAACAACAAAGAUGGGUCCGGCAGCACUACUAUGUCCAAAGAAAAGGCCAAUUUGGAAAGUCCAUAUAUUAUACCUUAUAUCACGGUAAUGUUGGUGCCAGCAGAUCGGGAUCCUGGCCGAUGAUCCACAGUCAAAUAGCAAUAUAUAAAGAAAUCCGCAGCACUCUUCAGGUUUCCACUGAAGGAUCCUGAACGUUUAUCCAAAUGGGUUAUAGCUAUACGACGUAAAAACUGGAAGCCUUCUGCAUCAAGCAGGAUCUGCAGUGAUCAUUUUGCCAAAAAUGACUACAUGCUACGUCCAAAUGUAUUGGUCCCUAGACUACGACUAGAUGCAGUGCCUUCGAUUUUUGAUGGGUUCCCAAGCCACUUAAAAGAGCGACUUGAAAGGAAAAAAACACAGAAAGAGGACAUAGCUGAAGAAAUUAUUGUAAUUGAUAAUGAGCUUGCAACUGAAGUCGAUGUUCAGGUAUCAUUUGACUCUGAAGAACCAAAGGAUACAUGUCAAAAUUCAGAAAGACUAAUAUUCUCACCACCAGAAGCGAAAGAAGAGGCCGAAGUAUGCCAAGAGCAAAAGGUGAUGAAAAAUGAGCUGGACAAGGUAAAGAUUUGUGCAGUCUAUGGGUGCCAUAAUACCUGUUGUGAAGGAUGCCAGCAGCUAUUCUUUAGGUUUCCAUCUAAUGAUCCUGAACUGUUGUCAAAGUGGCUUGAGGCAAUGCACCGUGAAAAAGCUUCAGCAUCCAGUGGUGUUUGUAGUGAUCAUUUUACUGAAAAAGACUACAUCUUUUAUCCAGGAGCAUUAGUUCCUAAGCUAGGACCAGAUGCCGUGCCUUCUCGUUUCAUUGAAUUACCUACACAGGUGAAAUCUCACGAUACACAACAGGCAGACCCAAACAAGAAUGGCGUCCCAUCAGAACCAGCGAAAGAUCAAAUACUAAUGCCAUCUAAAAUCAUCAAAACUAACCUACAUGUAGUCAGUAACAAGGAGAGUUUAUCGGAGCAAAAGCAGCAGGUAAAACAUGGAUCUUUGGAGAGGAGCCAUGCAGUGAAAUGUGUGGUACAUGGUUGCAAUAGUGUCUUUGUGAAAGGAUGUGGGAAAAGAUUUUUCAGAUUUCCUGUGAAAAGUCCUGAGCGUCUUUCCAAAUGGGUUAAAGCUCUUCAGUGUUCUGACUGGAAACAGUCAGCAUCCAGCAGAAUCUGCAGUGACCAUUUCAAAGAGAAAGAUUACAUUUUUCAACCAGGGACACUGCUACCUCGACUGCGCUCAAGUGCUGUGCCUUCUGUCUUCAAAGCAAGGAAAAGGAGAAGAAAACCGAUAACGGCGACACACCAAAACUUGGAACACUGUAGGUCCAUGGUAGAUGGAUUCCAAGAAACAGAAACACACAGACCUUGUGAUCACACGUAUUCAGCCGUGCACAAUGAAGUAGUCGUCCCUCAUUUCAACCCUGAUGCUGUGAAACUUAAAAAGAAAGUGAGGACCUUGCAACGACAGAUUCAGAGACAGAGGCACACCAUAAAAAAGUUAUCUGAAAGAAUCACACAGUUAAGGAACAGUAGAGCUCAGCUUCACCAGACAUGACAUCUGGAGGGUCGUUUUUAUACUACUGGAGCUUUUCUAAACCAUGUACUUUUAAAGAGUAAGGAAAGGCUUUGCUACAAGUCAGACAGCCGUAAUGUAUUUAUUUUCUUAUUGGUAUUAUUGCCGCUAUUUCCAGCCUGACUGCCGGUCUUAUGACCUGAACUUACGGCAUCAUAGGCAUAUAUCAUGCUGUAGGUUCAUUUCAAUAAACCCAUGGUAAGGUCGGUAAUUGCGGCGUAAUGCAGACUCUAAAAUGUGCCGACAUUACGGCGAUCUGAAUUGGCUUUUACUGUUAAGGACCUUUUACAUGGACCGAUGAGCAGGCAAUUAUUGGGAACAAAACUUUAAUGGUAACCCUAGAAGAGAACUGUAUUUCCAUGCCGCAAUGGUGGAUCAUCUCUGUGAAUAGAAUUCAGAGUCAUUGCCAGCAGCACAUUCCUUUUCACACACUGAUCUGCUUCUGGCAAGCAGUCACUUCAUAGGCUGCAUAAAAAUGUGUUCAGCCGACUAAUGAGCUUGUUCGUCAGGUGAUUGGUGACGCAACCUGCUUGUAUGUUGAUGAUCAGCAGAAAAUUUACACGAGGUAAUUCUUCGGAACGAGCAUUUGUAUGAGUGCUCUUUCAUGGUAACAGCCCCAGUCCUUGGGCCAUUAAAAAACUAGUCACAGAAAAAGAUGGUUUUGCCAUUAACUUCUAUUUAAAGGUGUUCUCCAAGAAAUAUUUAAAGGGGUUGUUCUGCCAUAUAUAUUGGUGACCUAUCGUCAGGAUAGGUCAUUAAUAUCUGAUCAACGGGGAUCCAACACCCGGCAACCCCGCUGAUCACCGGUUUGAAGAGGAGCUGGCGCUCUAUGCGAGCGCUGAUUCCUGAUCAGUAUACUACACAUCAUCUCCCCUGUAGCGGUGGCGUAGUAUAUUGACAAGUACUCACUCCAUUCAAGUGAAUGGAGCUAGUACUUGUCAUUACGUUGCACUUCGAUACAAGGUGCAGUGUAAUGAAGAGGAAGCAGCGCUCACAUGGAGCGCCGCCUCCUCUUUGAACAGCUGAUCUGCGGGGGUGUCGGACCCCCGCCAAUCAGAUAUUAAUGACCUAUCCUGAGGAUAGAAAAAACACACAAUUCCACAGCACUCUGCAAACACAAAUUAUGUAUAAUAAUGCCAUAGUUAUAGAAAAUAUUCUGGUGUUAAUGCCAAACUUAUUUUGUCAAUUUGAGAUUCUUGGCAAAUACAUUUUCUACAAAAUUAUUUGGGCCCGCCUGCCGGUGUCAAGUCGAUCUCUGUAAGACGGGAACCUAACACUAAAUACUACCUGUUAUAUGCCACACUGGCCGCCAUAAAGUUCAGGUAAUACAGGUUCGGUUCCAUAUGCAUGCUGGGUCCACUCUGCAUUUUACCAUUUUUUGUGUGCAGUGUGUACCCAGCAUCCACGUGUAACCUAUGGCAUUAUUGUAUGUAAUUUGUGUUUGCAGAGUACUGUUGCAUUGUGUUUUUUUCUUUGUGUUUCUAGCCAUUGCAGCGUGCACCUACGCACUGGGAUGUGCUGACUGACCCCCUUUUUCUAUCCUAACGAUAGGUCAUCAGUAUAUAUGGCAGGAAAACACCUUUAAAAUAUCCACCAGCAAACCUGUCCUAGAAUAUGAGCAGGACUGGUUGUCUCCACUUGCAGAGCUGCCUAGGCGUGUGAGCAGUGGUGUAUCUUGGUUUUAUGCUGCCCUAGGCAAGACUAAACUCGGGCACCCCCCUAAUAUAAAUUGGACCCACCCCUUUCUGUCAAGGCCAUAAAAAUUGUAAAAUACUAAGUAUGUGUGUCAGAAGUUGAGCUUUUUUUUAAUUUUUAGAAUAAUGAUACAGGCAGCAAUUUUAUUUAAUACAUUGGUGCUAAUUUCUGUGUUGGUUGGAUGGGGGUGAGGGGCGGUAUUACACAAUCUGUAUAUGUAUAAAAAAAAUAUAUAAAGAUUGUGUAAUACUGCCCCCCCCCUCCCCCCCCAAGUCUACACUUACCUGGUCCUAAUAACCAGACGACACACGAUUGUCACUUCCGUUCCUCAAUAAGCAUUUUGAGGAUAAUUGUGUUCCUUCGCUAAAAAGACUGAUCGCCCUACUUUCCAAGAUACCUAAAAAGCCAUCCAGUUCUACAUUUACCAUGCCCAAUGACCACGUCCCAUCAGAAGAAAGCAAUGAGGACUCAGCAAUGGUGUCUCCUAGCCGGACCAGAGGCCAGACCAGGAGCUUUGUGUAAAGUGAUGGGCGCUGGGCACUUCCUGAGGUGCCCGGGGAUGGGCACUGAUUUCAUUGCUCUCCUAUAUUACUGCAGGUGGGCACAACCAGACUUUCUAGCAUCAGACUCUACCAUGCAGCCCAGCAUCUACAUGCCAGGGUAGAAGGUUAGGGCUCUUCCUGGGGGCAUCUCCCCUCAUGUGCCCCCCUGUGUGUGACCUUCAGAGGCUCCAUAGUUUAGGCUGCAGAUGGAAGAGGAGGCAGCAGCAGCAAAGUAACCCCACAGUCCUGGGCAGGCCACCAUGGACAGGGCACAGGCUGCCUACACAAUGUCAUCUCCAGGGCUUACACUGGGGACCCACGUGCGGCCAUGAUGAGCUGCAGGGCUGUUUGUCAACACGCAUCACCCUGGGGUGAGGAAAUCACAUGUGACAGGUCCCCUGGCGGCCCCACUCACCGGUGGAUGAGGCGUCCAUGGUCAGCUCAUCCUGUCACCCGUCUCUGGUGUCUCCUUGUAGAGGCGGCUGGAGCUAGAGAGGAGCCAUCACGUGCGGGCAGCCCCGGUGUCAGUGCUGGGACAGGCGGGGGAGGGGGUGUUUGUGCCGCACACUUCCUCUUCCCUCCCUGACAGUCAUGUCUCCCCUCCCACUCUCCAUGACAACCCGUGCUCACCCCUCCCCGGGGCGGCUGCCGGGCACACAUGGCUGCUGUCCUGUACCAGGGAGAAGGCUCCAUGGCUGGAUGUAUACUAAUGGAGAAAGAAGAGCUUUUGGGGCUCUGCCAGGGUAACUAUCACUAAGCAAAUAAGGCAUUUUGCCGCCCCAUCGGCAAGUGCCGCCCUAGGCAAAUGCCUUGUUUGCCUCGUGAUAGAUACGCCUCUGCGUGUGAGGGGGCACUCAAUUAUACUCCAGCACUUGCAUAUACUGCAUAUUGGUGAGUUUACCUGUCAGACUUCUCAGCCAUGAUGGCAUAUCGUAGGCAGGAUCAUAUCAUUACCAUCUAUUUUAGAUCAGUGCAGUGAGGCCCUGACUCCCAAGCUCCUCACCAGCACUGUGAGUAGAGGCAACUAGUUCUGCUCACAUUCUAGAACAGGUUGCUGGCAGCUAUUUUAAAUCAUUCCCAGGAGAAGAGCACCUUUGGGGGCAAUUUUUGUUAUGAUUGCAUUUUACACAUUUUGGCCUAAAAUGAUUUUUUCAAUUGGCCUUUUUUAGAAGAAUAUUUUUUGUUCUUUCAAUCUAAGGGGUAUCUUGCUUUCAAUUUUGGGCCUCGUGCACAGCCGUAUUACUCACCUGGAAAAACCCCACCACGUCCAUUGCCAGGAAGGUGUAGAAUGAUUGUAGACUACUUGUCUAGCUAACCUGUGCAAUGCUCCUUCCCAUCUGGACAAUAGAGCUGAAGCCGUUUUCGGGGCUUUAACAGAAAACAAUGUCAAAUAGAAAUAUGAAACAACUGUAAAUGUGCUAUCUUUAUUCUGCCGGCUGCUGCUCACCUCUGUCCAAAAGCAACAUCUAGUGCAAAGACUGGCAACACUGUGAUUUCGAAUGACUUGUAUAGUCCUUGCCUCUGUGAAUCUGUAAUGCUUGCAUAAUACAUAUGUGCUAACUGCAGAAUAAAGCAAUAAUGUGAUUGUCAAUUACGGUAGGUUCACACUAGCAUCA